AUGCCUCCAGAAAGGACUAGUGCGCCCGUGAAACUGUCACUGCCCCUGCAAUACCAGCAGGAGCUCUUCACCGAACUACGCGCCGAAGAUGAGCUUGUUGUACUGGCGCGCGGCCUCGGGCUGCUGCAUCUGAUUGCAAACCUUCUACACUUCUACGAUGCAGCUGGCAACAAUCUGGUCUUGGUGGUUGGGGCGGAUGACCGUGAGAAUGAGUGGCUUGGAGAAGCAUUGGCGGAGCACUAUGCUAUCAGCAAAUCUCCCCUCGCUCGAGGGUUGAAGGUGAUCAACACCGACAAAGCCACGGUGCCCACGAGGGAGAAGAUGUAUGCCGAAGGUGGAAUCUUGAGUGUGACGUCCCGAAUUUUAGUUGUGGACUUGUUAUCAAAGCUCCUUGAUCCCGAGAAGAUCACCGGAAUGAUCAUCUUACAUGCUGAUAAAGUUGUGGCAACCUCCUCUGAAGCUUUCAUUGCCAGGGUGUAUCGUCAACUGAAUAAGGGCGGCUUCCUGAAAGCAUUCUCCGACUCACCCGAGCCAUUCACUACGGGUUUCGCUCCAUUGGCCAACAUGUUAAAGAAUCUCUUUCUACGCAAAGCAUCACUUUGGCCCCGGUUUCAUGUCUCGGUGGCUGAAUCUUUGGAAGGAAACCGCAAAGCGGAAGUCAUCGAACUGGAGGUUCCAAUGAGUGACAAAAUGAGGGAGGUUCAGAACGCGGUGCUAGAAUGCGUCGAAAUUAGCAUCACAGAGCUUCGAAAGAGUAACACCGGACUCGACAUGGAAGAAUGGACUCUGGACAGCGCUCUUCACAAGAAUUUCGAGAUGAUCAUCCGGCGCCAACUUGAUCCCAUCUGGCAUCGUGUCAGCUUCAGGACGAAACAAAUCGUGAAUGAUUUGGGAGACCUACGGUCGAUUCUUCAUGCUCUACUUACCUACGAUGCAGUAUCUUUUGUGAAGUACCUUGAUACCAUUGUGGCUGCAAAUAUCCCCCCUCCAGGCUCGAACAAGCAUAACCACUCCCCUUGGCUUUUCCUUGAUGCUGCUCACGUUUUGUUCCAGACGGCCAAAUCACGCGUCUACGAAGGCAAAUUAAACAAUGAGUUGACUCGCCUCUCUUCCUCAACAACUUUCUCUGCUGAGCUGAAGCCGUGCCUUGAGGAACUUCCAAAGUGGAAUGUCUUGUCAGAGGUCCUUGCAGAGAUUGAGCAUGAUGCCUAUCUCCAUCCCGCAAAUGCAGAUCAGUCCAAUAGCACCAUAUUGAUCAUGUGCAAUGAUCAACGAAUAUGUCGUCAGCUCCGAGAGUAUAUUGGAACGAUGCAUGCCAAAGUCGCCCAAGGGUCUGACUCUAAGAAAAACGAAGAAGAGGAUGAAAACAAACCUUCUGCAGAAUUAAUGCUGCGGCGUCGACUACGAGAUUACUUGAAUUGGAAAAGGUCACUUUCAAACGUUAACAAGAAUCUUUCAGGCGAAGAAGACAAACCUGGAAAGCCUUCAGACUCUCCUGCAGCUCAGCGCGCGCCUCAAGGGAGACCUCCCCCGAAUAAGCGCCGUCGAGUACGUGGCGGUGGUGCAGUCACAUCAGCAGCAGCACGUGUACCAAAUGCCAGCGUUCAGAACGAGGCCGAAUCUCCCGGUCAGGUUGUUGGUUUGCUCAGUGAAGUUCAGCCAACGGAAGUCGAAGAAACCCAGAAAGAAGAGGUGAUUUUGGACGAUUUGGAAGACAUGGAAGACUUCUACGAACUAUAUGAUAUGAAUGAUCUGGUUAUGAUCCACCCUUACGAUGGCGAUAUGGAUGAGCAUAUACUCGAAGAGGCGCGUCCUCGGUAUAUCAUCAUGUACGAGCCCGAUCCCGCGUUCAUUCGAAGGGUGGAGGUUUUCCGUAGCUCCCACACGGGGCUCAGUGUGAAGGUGUACUUCAUGUACUAUGGUGGUUCUGUUGAAGAGCAGCGAUAUUUGAGCGCCGUGCGCCGAGAGAAAGACUCUUUCACGAAGUUGAUUAAGGAAAAAGGGAAUAUGGCAGUUACUUUGACACAUGACAAAAAGAACGACGAUCCUCAAGAGCAAUUCCUUCGAACAGUCAACACUCGAAUCGCAGGAGGUGGGCGACUGGCAGCCACCGCAUCACCUCCUCGAGUUGUUGUUGACACACGUGAGGUCCGAAGUGCUCUUCCAUCCCUAUUGCAUGGGAACAACAUGGUUGUAAUUCCAUGCCAACUCACUGUGGGCGAUUAUAUCCUCACACCAGACAUAUGUGUGGAAAGAAAGUCCAUACGAGAUCUGAUAUCGUCUCUAAAGAACGGCCGUCUCUACAACCAAGCCGAGACAAUGCUUCAGUACUACAAGUAUCCAGUGCUGUUGAUUGAGUUUGAUCAAAACAAGUCCUUCACUUUUGAUGCCUUCGCCUCCGUUCCGACAGGCCCUGCCUUCAAGACAGAUCAGGGAUUUUCAUCUGCUGGCACCGCGACAUCCAGCAGUAGUAGCUUCCUUUCCAAUCCAUCUAAUCCAAAGUCCGCCCAGCAUUUACUUGUCCUUCUCACCCUUGCAUUUCCUCGAAUGAAGAUCGUCUGGUCCUCUUCACCCUACCAGACAGCUGAGAUAUUUGCGGAGCUUAAGAAGAACGCGGCCGAACCCGACCCACUUCGUGCAGUCCAGCUGGGCUUGGAUAUCGACAUUUCCAACUCAGUCAGCUCGGGCGAUGUCAUGGCAGCCUCGGGAAUUGAGUCUCGCAGCACCUUCAAUCUGCUUCCCCAGGACAUGCUGCGGGCAGUUCCAGGCGUCACUCCUCAGGCCUUGGAGCGGCUGAUCAUUGAAACGGAUAAUAUUAGCGAAGUUGCUAACAUGGACGUCGAUCAGCUCGAUCCGCUGGUCGGGAAGGAAGCUGCACGAAAGAUAGUUGCUUUCUUCAAGAAGAGCGUUUUUGAUUAG